AUGCACAGGGUGGGAAUGCCCCUGGGCGCCCACUACCCUGAACUCAGAUCCAGAGUAGACACCGAGACCCCCUACUCGGGCAUUGAGGAGGGGGCUCCACAUGUGGUGUCCACAUUGCAAAGUCAAGCAGCCAUGGUGAUUCCCGCUGCUACAUUCCAGGCCCUCAUGAACGGGGUGACAAGCUGGCAUGUCCCUGAAGAUGCGGUCCCCUGCGAACUGCUUCUGGUUGGAGACUCUGCCUUCCCAGUGAUGGUCAACGACAAGGGCCAGGUCCUCAUCGCUGCCUCCUCCUAUGGCCAUGGCCGCCUGGUGGUGGUGGCCCACGAGGGCUACCUGACGGAUGCUGGGUUUGCUGCAUUCCUUGUCAACGCCGUGCGCUGGCUCUGCCUCACCCCUGGGACUCCUGUUGGUGUGCAUCCGUCCCUGGGGCCCCUACUCAGCAUCCUUCAGGAAUCUGGGCUCCACGCCCAGGUUGAGGAGCAACCAAGAGAGCCCUUGGGGGCUUACUGCAUCAGUGCCUACCACGGCACCAUGGCGGAGCAGCUGGUCCAGUUUGUGAAGCGUGGAGGGGGCCUGCUCAUCGGGGGCCAAGCCUGGCACUGGGCCAGCCAGCAUGGCCGUGACAAGGUGCUGUCUGAGUUCCCUGGGAACCAGGUGACCAGUGUGGCCGGAGUGUACUUCACUGACACCUAUGGGGACAAACAGUGCUUUGUAGUCUCUAAGGAAGUACCUGAAAUCCCACUUCAAGUCAGGUGA